CCAACAGCAAAAAACAUUGCAUGGAAUUCUAUUAACUUCAAAACCAUUGUAGAGUGGGAUGGCAAACCCACCGAUUUUGUCUACACAGUUGAAAUAAGAAACCAGUACGUUGGUGAUUGGAAAAAGAAGUGCAUCUAUACAAGCAAUACCGAAUGUGAUGUCACAGAUCUUCUACAAGAUGUCAAUGCUACUUAUGAUCUCCGAAUCACUUCAGAAAUGCGAUCAGAAGACGAGGUUACUGAAGAGUUUCCCUAUGCGGAUGGCCCAAGCUUUAACCCCCAUGAUCAAACAAUCAUUGGAAAACCAGCUUUUGAAAGUUUUAACUUCAAUGAAGACCACACUCAACUGAAAGUUGUCGUUGCGGAUCCAAUAACACCCUACAAAUUUGGAAAUAAAACUUCAAAGACAGUUCGAGAUAUAUUUGGAAAUGACUUUCAGUAUACACUGUUUUAUAGGAAGGCCGGCAGCACAGGAAAGAAGGAAGCGCAUUCUGCAACCAAUGAAAUCGUAAUUAGCACAUCCAAAGGGGAAGGCUAUUGCUUUUUUGUGCGGGCAACCAUUCUCUCUCGCAGAACAAACCGUUACAGCCAAGACUCUGAUGAAAAAUGCGCUUCAUCUGAAGGCAAUGAACUUGAUUUUACUAUUCUGGUUGCUGUAAUUGUAGCUGUGGUCCUUGUCAUAGUCAUUAUCAUUCUGUUGGUAGUCGUGUGCGUGUGUCGAAAGAAGAAAGAAGAGAAUACAAAGGAGACAGAGCCACUCAGUGACGUUUAAAUCCCAUCUCUGAGAUCAUUGUCUGUGUUAACUACUGCUGUAUGUGAUUGCACAGUACCCGCUACUGCAGAGGAGUGGAGCGAGACUCUGAGUAGUGAAGGACAAUCUUAGUUUCCAUGAAACGUUUAGAAUUAUUAUUUUUUCUUGGUCAAUACUGACUUAAAUUUUGGGUUUAACUACUAAUAUGCAUUCCUUUUUGUGAUAUG